GACAGUUUCAUCAGGUAUCAAAGCAGCAUCAUGAGCAGUGACAUUCCCCCUCCUGUAGCUGUGCAGCUGUGCUAUGAGAACGUGAAUGGAUCCUGUAUCAAAACUUCCUAUUCUCCAGGCCCCCGCCUGAUUCUGUAUGCAGUGUUUGGCUUUGGAGUUGUGCUGACUAUAUUUGGAAACCUCUUGGUAAUGAUUUCAAUUCUUCAUUUCAAGCAGCUCCAUUCUCCAGCCAAUUUCCUCAUUGCCUCUCUGGCCUGUGCUGACUUCUUGGUGGGAGUGACUGUGAUGCCCUUCAGCACAGUGCGGUCUGUGGAGAGCUGCUGGUACUUUGGGCAGAGUUACUGCAUGUUUCACUCUUGUUUCGAAGGAUCAUUCUGUUAUGCUUCUAUCUACCAUCUGUGUUUCAUCUCUCUUGAUAGAUACAUUGCAGUCACUGACCCUCUGGUCUAUCCCACCAGGUUCACUAUGUCUGUUGCUGGCGUGUGUAUUGUUUUCUCUUGGCUCUUCUCCAUUAUUUAUAGUUUUUCCCUUCUUGGCACUGGUGCAAAUGAAGUCGGUCUGGAGGACUUAGUAAGCGCUCUCACCUGUGUGGGAGGCUGUCAAAUUGCAGUGAAUCAAAGUUGGGUAUUGGUAAAUUUUCUAAUAUUUAUUAUCCCCACACUAGUGAUGAUAAUCGUCUACUCCAAGAUUUUCCUGAUUGUUAAACAACAGGCCAGAAAAAUUGAAAGCAUGAGUUCUAAAACCGAGAGAUCAUCUGAUGAUUAUGAAGACAGAGUAGCCAAAAGGGAAAGAAAAGCUGCAAAGACACUGGGAAUUGCAGUGCUAGCAUUUCUGGUUUCAUGGUUGCCCUAUUUCAUUGAUUCAAUAAUUGAUGCCUUCUUAGGUUUCAUCACUCCUACAUAUAUUUACGAAAUACUUGUUUGGUUUGCUUACUAUAACUCAGCAAUGAACCCUUUGAUUUAUGCUUUCUUUUAUCCUUGGUUUAGAAAAGCUAUCAAAUUAAUUGUCACUGGUAGAAUUUUAAGGGGGAAUUCCUCAACAAUAAAUUUAUUUCCCGAGUAG